AUGACUUCUAUCGGUACCGGUUACGAUCUAUCAAAUAGUGUUUUCUCUCCAGAUGGGAGGAAUUUUCAAGUCGAAUAUGCAGUGAAAGCUGUUGAAAAUGGGGCUACUUCCAUUGGUAUUAAAUGUAAUGACGGUGUGGUUUUUGCCGUCGAGAAACUUAUAACUUCAAAAUUAAUGGUUCCAAAUAAGAAUAUCAAAAUCCAAACAAUCGAUCGUCACAUCGGUUGUGUUUAUUCUGGUCUGAUUCCAGACGGUAGACAUCUAGUUAACAGAGGUAGAGAGGAGUCUUCCAGUUUCAAGAAACUUUACGGAAAGCCAAUCCCCAUUCCUGCAUUGGCUGAUCGUUUGGGUCAAUACGUCCAAGCACACACUUUAUAUAAUAGUGUUAGACCUUUCGGUAUAACUGCUAUAUUUGGUGGUGUUGAUGAAGAUGGCUCUCAUUUAUAUAUGUUGGAACCAAGUGGCUCUUAUUGGGGUUAUAAAGGUGCUGCCACCGGUAAAGGUAGACAGACGGCAAAAGCAGAAUUGGAAAAAUUAAUUGACCGGAAUCCAGACGGGUUUUCAGCCAGAGAAGCUCUCAAACAUGCCGCAAAAGUUAUCUAUAUGGCCCAUGAAGAUAAUAAAGAGAAAGAUUUUGAAUUAGAGAUAAGUUGGUGCUCAACCUCAGAAACGAAUGGGUUACAUAAAUUUGUUCAAGAUGAUCUACUUAAUGAAGCCAUUGAAUAUGCUAAACAUGAAACAAGUGCAGCUGGCGAUAGCGACAGUGACAGUGACAGCGACAACGACAGCGAUAAUGAUAACAGCAAUGAAACUCAUGACAAAGAGGGAGAUAUUAAGCUAGAAUAA